GCGUGUCAGUUUGACUCCGGCGCAAUGAAUUGUGUGAGUUUCCGGCUGACCCUGCUGAUUCUCGGAUUAUACCUGACACCAUGUACAGGUAGAAAUGACGCGCACGUGUUGCUACAGAACGACCGUAACAAUUACAGAACCAAUGUUAUUGAAAUUGUUAUUGGUGGGUGGGGUAACAGCCAAUCUGUGAUCAUGCCACCAUGUCCAACACCUGGGUCCAUUUCGUAUGGUUCACGAAGUUAUACUGGAACAACUGACGGAAGUAGAGUAACGUACAGUUGUAACGCAGGUUACACGAUCACCAGCGGAAGUGCGUCAAGGACAUGUAGCAAUGGCGCGUGGAGCGGAAGUCAGCCAACAUGUGGCGAUAUCAAUGAAUGUUCAAGUAGCCCGUGUAAGAAUGGUGCCACGUGCAAUAAUCUUCAAAACCGUUACACCUGCACAUGCACUGGCGGAUGGCAAGGGAUCAAUUGUGACCAAGAUGUUAACGAAUGUGCGAGUAACCCAUGUAAAAAUGGUGCCUCAUGCGCAAACGGAAGGAAUCGGUACACAUGCACGUGCGCUGCCGGCUGGCAGGGAACAAACUGUGAUCAAGAUAUAAACGAAUGCGCCAGUAAUCCGUGCCAAAAUGGGGCCACGUGUCUCAAUCAACAGAACAGGUACACGUGCGAAUGCGCCGGUGGCUGGACUGGGACACACUGUGAAAGAGAUAUUGAUGAAUGUGCGAGCAGCCCGUGCAAGAAUGGUGCACCGUGUACAAAUGGCCAGAACCGUUUCACGUGCGCGUGUACUGCAGGAUGGACGGGUGCUGAUUGCAACACAGAUGUAAAUGAAUGCGCGAGUAACCCGUGCAAGAAUGGUGCCACUUGUCACAAUGGACGGAAUCAAUAUUCGUGCACGUGCGCUGGUGGUUGGCAAGGGUACAAUUGUGAUCAAGAUAUCAACGAAUGUUUGAGGGACCCGUGUCAGAAUGGAGCUACGUGUAACAACUUACAGAACAGUUACACGUGCACAUGUACCGGAGGUUGGCAAGGAACUAAUUGUGAUAUAGACAUCGACGAAUGCGCGAGCAAUCCGUGCCAGAAUGGUGCUACGUGUCUAAAUAACCAGAACAACUACGAGUGCGAAUGUGUGCCUGGAUGGCAAGGUGUUAACUGUGACACGGAUAUUGACGAAUGUGCGAGCAACCCGUGCCAUAAUGGUGCCGCGUGCAACAAUUUGUUAAAUGAGUACACGUGCGAUUGUACCCCUGGUUGGCAAGGGUAUGACUGUGAUCAGGAUAUUGACGAAUGCCUCAGUAGCCCGUGCGUCAAUGGCACGUGCACAAAUUUACAAAAUGCAUAUAGAUGCACGUGUUUCCCCCAAUAUACCGCCAGAAACUGUGACUACUUGAUCGGCUCUCCUAUGGACGGACAGUGGGGACAGUGGGAGGCAUGGCAGGGUUGUUCAGUGACGUGUGGCACAGGAAGACAGCGCCGGUAUCGAGCCUGCGAUGACCCU